AUGUCAGUCCCUCACUACCGCAAAAUUGAGCUCCAGUCGCCUGCAGACUUCACCUACCUGUACGCCAACACGGUCGCACUCUCCCGCCAAAAGCUCGAUCUCCAUCUGCCCCCAUCGGCAAAUACAAGCGAUGGACCGGAUCCCAUGCGAGAACGCGUGAAGGAAUUGGUCGACCAGACAUUCACCACCGCCUCCGCCUCAAUCAGCAUCAACGGCCUCGACUCCUCCUCGUCACAGUUCCCCUUCCCCGCCGCGUUCACGCAACCAACAGAGACUAUCGAGUAUGAGCCCUAUGAUACCGAGCUCGCGGCGCGCGUGACAUCGCUCUACGCCCAGCUAGAGUCACUUACCACGACAGUUGCGCAGCUGAGGCGAGAUGCGCCGGCGCGUGCGGCGAAGGCGUACGCAGAGCAAUUGAGGAAAGCUAUCGAGGAGGAUGAAGAGGAUAUGUAUGAAGACGAGGAUGUUGACGGCGAAGCUGGAUACGGAAUUGAAAACGGAAACCAGGAUGCAGAUGGCGAGGGUGAAGAAGACGUCCCCAUGCCUGACGCGGAUGCAAGAAACACAACGACGCAGAACGGAACACGCAGGCUGCGUCGGAGACCCUCGAAGUCAAAGUCUGCGCGGUGGAAUUUGCAGAUUCCCCUUGGGUCCGACCAUGAGGCAGAGCGCUGGCGCAGCGGGGAGAUGGCGGAGGUUUAUGACGAUGCCUUACGGACUUUACUCCGGCUUCAAGGUGAGGCUGUCCCUGGCGAGCAAGUCGAGAGCGGGCCGGAUGGGAAUGCGCUGUCCUCGACGCUGGGCAAGGCAGAACGAGCGUCUCGGGCUGCGGAAGUCGUGGAGAAGAUGUGA